CCGCCACAAUCUCCAACUAUGCAGCUGACUGCCAACCAAGUUCUCCAACGCCACUACCUGGCCUUCGCUGAAGGUUUUGUCAUGGUGUACGAUACAACCAGGCCGGAGUCACUAGAUGUACUCAUGUAUCUGAAGAAGGAUAUUGACAGAAAUAAGGAUAAAAAGGAGGUAGUAAUGCUAGUCAUUGGCAACCGCACGGGUCCUGAUGAUGUCAACAGUCUAGAAAACACAUGCUCCAAAGCUUCAAAUUGGUGUGCCCGGGAAAAAAUCCGCCAUUUCGAAGUGUCUGCGAUGGAUCGACCUUCUUUGUACGAACCUUUUAUAUUUAUGACUUCGAAACUAAAUCCAGUACAAAACAAAACAGCUUUCCCACAAUUAAGCACUUUGAGCAAGCUGACACAGAAAAAUAAUAAGAGCGAAGCCAUGUAACGGUACGUUUUUAGUCUAUGCCCUUUCUGCUAUCAACCAUGAAGGUUGAUAGUGUUGUUUGUGGUUGGAAGUGAGCUGUCAAAUAUUGGCGCGAAAUUAUAAUGGUGCUUGUAGAUUUUUUAUCGCUUGUCAAAAUAUAGCUGUUUAUAUAAUACCAGUUAAAAGCUGUAGUUAAGCUUUAAAAGCUUAAUAUUAAUGUAAAGUAG